AUGGAUGAGAAGGACAGCAAAGCCGUUGAGGCGACGCAAGCCACCAACGUUGAAGACGCAACAUUCGAAGAGGCCCGCAGAAUGUCGGCAGAAAAGUACCAAGAAGCCAUCCGCUCCGGCAGCAUCCCCAAAGUCAAGUCCCAAAGCGAAGCCAUCGAAAUUGCACACAAUUGCGGCUGGGAAGCCGACGCAGUGAUCGAAGAACUGGAGGCAGAGCUGCAAGCCCGAGGCGACAAGAAAGGCUUCUUCGACGUCGAGUUUGCCAACCCAAAGCACUUCACCUGGCUGCUCGUCAUCUUCGCAUCGAUGGGAGGUCUCCUCUCUGGCCUUGAUCAAUCGCUCAUCUCUGGUGCCAACUUGUUCCUGCCGGACGACUUAGGUCUCACUUCACAACAGAACAGUCUCGUCAACUCCGGCAUGCCUCUCGGCGCAGUCGCUGGCGCGCUCAUCCUCUCGCCAGCAAACGAAUGGUUCGGCCGCAAGGGUGCCAUCAUCCUCUCCUGCAUUCUCUACACCGUUGGAGGUGCGCUCGAAGCUGCAGCCAUGAACUAUGGCAUGAUCGUUGCUGCCCGCGUCGUUCUUGGAGCUGGUGUCGGUCUGGAGGGUGGCACAGUCCCCGUCUACGUCGCUGAGACUGUCGAGCGCCGCCUGCGAGGAAACAUGGUCUCACUAUACCAGUUCAACAUCGCACUUGGCGAGGUGCUUGGCUACGCAGUCGCUGCCAUGUUCAUCAGCGUUCCUGGCAACUGGCGCUACAUCCUCGGCAGUUCUCUCGUCUUCUCCACUAUCAUGCUUAUCGGUAUGCUCUUCCUACCUGAGUCGCCUCGCUUCCUCAUGCACAAGGGCCAGACGCUCGACGCGUUCGCAGUCUGGAAGCGUAUCCGCGGCACUCGCACCAGUGAAGCACGAGAGGAGUUCUUCGUCAUGAAGGUCGGCCAGGAAAUGGAAGAUCAAGAAAUUGCUGAAGGACUGGGCUCCAAGCGUUUCCCAUGGAUGGACUUCUUCACCAAGCCUCGCGCUCGUCGUGCUAUUAUCUACGCCAACAUGAUGAUCUUCCUGGGACAAUUCACUGGAAUCAACGCUAUUAUGUACUACAUGAGUGUGCUCAUGUCGCAGAUGGGCUUCGACAAGUACGAAUCGAACUACAUGAGUCUAGUCGGAGGCGGCUCGCUUCUCAUCGGAACCAUCCCAGCCAUCUUCCUGAUGGAGCGGUGCGGUCGUCGCUUCUGGGCCAUUGCCAUGCUUCCUUGCUUCUUCGUCGGACUUGUAUUAGUCGGGGCCAGUUACCACGUCCCUACCAUGGGCGGCCGUGAAGGAGUCUACCUCUCUGGCCUGAUCAUCUACGAGAUCUUCUUCGGCUCCUACGCAUGUCUGACAUGGGUGAUCCCCUCCGAGGUCUACCCAACCUACCUGCGCUCAUAUGGCAUGACUACGUCCGCCGCUCUACUCUUCCUCUCAUCCUUCAUCGUCACCUACAACUUCACGGCCAUGCAAAACGCCAUGACCAAGACUGGCCUGGCUCUUGGCUUCUAUGGAGGUAUUGCAGUUCUGGGUUGGUUCUAUCAAGUGUUCUUCAUGCCUGAGACCAAGGACUGCACGCUAGAGGAGAUCGACUUGAUCUUCCAGAAGCCAACCAGACAGCUGGUGAGGGAGAAUGCUGCAAGUGCUUGGAGGACGACUCAGGACUUGAUGUGCUUCAGGUUCAGGAAGGUCUUCAUUGACCGUCUCACGGCACCGCGAAGCCAGAGCGUUGUGGACAAUCCAGUCUCGAAGGGUGAGAUGCUAGUGGUUUGA